AUGAAGAAUUUGCACUUCACCAACAACGAGGAAUUUGAUGAAGCCACACAUCCAGCGCCAAAACUCAAGAAGAUCUGGGAAGUAUACCAAAUUAUCCUAAAAAAUUUCCAGCAGGCCUAUUUGCCAGAUAGAGACAUCAGCAUUGAUGAAAGUCUGAUGGCUUACAAGGGACGCCUCAGCUGGAUUCAAUACAUCGCAUCCAAGAGAGCACGGUUUGGAAUAAAAUCCUAUAUGCUCUGCGAGUCUGCCACUGUCUAUAUAUGGAAUUCCGUCAUAUACACCGGUAAAGGAACACAAUUGAACCCAAGGUACAGCGGCUAUGGGAUGGCAACGUCAUCAGUCCUUACACUGCUUGAGCCAUUGCUGAAUCAGGGGUAUUGUGUGACAACGGACAACUUUUACACAUCGCCUGAGCUGUACGAGUUUCUGCUAAAACACAAGACUGAUGGAUAUGGAACCGUUAGGGCCAACCGACGUGACCUGGGAUCUAUGUUUGCCAAGAAAAAAAUGAAAACAGGAGAAAUGAUGGCAAUGUGUUGGCGUGACAAAAAAGAUGUGUGCCUAAUGAGUACAGUGCAUAACACCUCCACUGCCAUGGUCCACACAAGAGGUGGGAAAGAUGUCAUGAAGCCACAACUUGUGAUUGACUACAACAACACCAUGGGAGGAGUCGAUAGAGCCGAUCAGUCGAUGACAUUUUAUCCGGCUAUGCGGGAACAACAAAAAAAAUAUUACAAAAAAAUCUUCAGGCAUCUCCUGGAACAAUGCCUCUGGAAUGCCAAUAUACUGCACAGAGGAAAGAGUGACAAGCCUCUUGUUCAUUCUGACUUUAUCUGGAAGGUGGCGGAGCGGAUUUUUGUGAACUACCAAACGCCAUCAGUGGCCGUAAACAGAUCUGGAUGUCGUGCUGUUGACGUUGUCAAUCCAGAACGCCUGACUGGUCGUCACUUUAUGGAUUACAUCCCGCCAACCGCAAAAAAGGCAGCAACUACAAGGAUGUGCAUAGUUUGCUGCUCAAAGCGAGAUGAAAAUGGAAAGAAAAUCCGAAAGGAAACCAGGUUCCAUUGCCCUGAUUGUGAUGUCGGUCUAUGUUCAGUCCCAUGUUUCAAAAUUUACCACACCCAGGAUGUUUACUGA